UUUGGAUUUGUACUCCGUGUGUUAUAAAUGUGAAGUUUGGUCAAUAGAAAUCUCGUUAAAAAGUGUGUAUAUCAACUGUUCGCGUAAACUAAAAUUGAAUACACAUUAAGAUUCAAUUAUUGUCAUUAUAUUAUAAUUUACGCAUAAAAAUUGCAAUGUUAACGUAAAAAUAGAGUUUAGUGACGUGAGAAAAAUUUUCCCGUUCAUAAAAUGAAAAAGCAAAGUUUUCACAGUAUCUCCCAGUAUAGACAAAAUCAAUUAUAAUAGGGAAAAGUUAUUUGGAAGGAUAAAAUGAUUGAAUGCUAGACUGAUUUUUAUCAUCUUUAAGAAUGUACGCCCUACAAAUGCAAAUAGCGUGCCAAGGAGAAGGCAAUGGCGAUACUGAAGAUACGAGUAAUAAUCAUCGUCAACCGGAGUCGUCACGCUCCACGGCACAAGACUGCAGUUCUUUCGAUAUUGUCAGAGCUACUCAGUACGGGGCUUUAGAACGAGUUACAGAAUUAGUAGAAGCAGGUGCCGAUGUAAAUCAACCUGACUGUGAAACAGUCACAUUAUUACAUUGGGCUGCAAUAAAUAAUCGUAAAGAAAUAGUCAAAUACCUCAUAGCCAAAGGUGCAACAGUCGAUGUUAUUGGUGGUGAACUUGCUUCAACCCCACUACAUUGGGCUACCAGGCAAGGCCAUUUAGCAACAGUUGUUUUAUUAAUGAGAGCCGGAGCUGAUCCAUCAUUAAGAGAUUGUGAAGGUUCAUCAUGUAUUCAUUUGGCCGCACAAUUUGGUCAUACCGCCAUAGUUGCUUAUCUAGUCGCAAAAGGAGUAAAUCCAAAUAUGCCAGAUAGAAGUGCAAUGACACCAUUAAUGUGGAGCGCUUAUAAAAUUAAUAGCUUUUGCAGCCUGGAUCCAACACGUCUUCUUCUUACAUUAGGAGCGUCACAUUCACUUACUGAUAAUUUACAUGGGAACACUGCUCUUCAUUGGGCAAUUAUUGCAAAAAAUAAUACAGCGAUAUUAACAUUAGUUCAUAAUGGAGCAUCUUUAGAUACUCCUAAUUUUCAAAAUGAAACGCCUAUGACACUUUUGGGUCCUCAUAUUGGCGCUGCUUGGCUUGGACCUAAAGUAACACAUGAAAUUAAAGAGAAGCAAGGUCGUGUUAGAACUUGGUGUAGAGAUAAGAAAAUGAGAUGGUACUGCAUGGUGGGCACGCCUUUCAUUCUCUUCUAUAUUAUCGGAAUGAUUUUUCAAAGUAGUCUUGAUUAUCUUUUAAAAUUAGUUGCAUUUGUUGCAAUAUAUUUAGCAAUUUAUUCCGCCAAUCAUUUCGUUUUUGACGAAAGAUUAUUUGACGUUUUACCAAUGUCGAUUUAUUUAGCAACCAAGAUAUGGAUUUACAUAACUUGGGUAUUUUGUUUGGGAGUACAUGCCGCGUGGUAUUUGUGGCUUAUGCUUGUUGGUGGCUCGGUACCACUUUGGAUUUGCUUUUUACAAUCGUGGCGUGGUGAUCCGGGAAAAAUUACAGCCACACAUGAAGAUAAAUUAAAUACAAUAAUAGAAUUAGCCGAAGCUGGAGGUUUUGAACCACAAUGGUUCUGCAGUACCUGCUUAGUCAGAAGACCAAUACGCUCGAAACAUUGUGCAACAUGUGAUAUUUGUGUCGCAAGAUAUGAUCAUCAUUGUCCCUGGGUCAAUAAUUGUAUUGGUGCACACAAUCAUAAAUAUUUUUUGGGAUUCCUGACGUCGCUACUAGGACUUUGCAUUGUGAUUUUGUCCGCGAGUUUUCAAUACUGGCAAUUUGAAUGUUGGACCAAUUUGACGCAUGGUCACACGGCAGAUAAUUAUUUAGUCGCUGCCGCAACAUGUGACGCUUGGGUCAUGUGGGUUAUGAUAAACACAGCGCUUCAUUCAUUUUGGGUUGGAACACUUUUAGCUUGCCAGUGUUAUCAGAUAAUGAUAUUGGGCAUGACGACGAACGAGAGAAUAAAUGUAGGCCGUUAUCGUCAUUUUGAUAAGGGAAAUCCAUUUCAUCGUGGCGCCCUUCAAAAUGCAGCAGAUUUUUGCAAUUGUAGCUUCUGCGGCCUAGAAGCAAAGCCAAGUUCCGAUUGGCUACACAGUUUCGAUUUGAAUAGCGUUGAAAAAUUACCUCUGCUAACCAAUAAGGACAACUUUCAGUACGUCUAAAAGUUAAAAAAAAACCAAAAUGUAUAAUAAUAAUAAAAAAAAAGAAAACAAAAACAACAGCGGAGAAAUUGUUACCAAAAAUUAUCGUAUUAUAAUAAUAAUAAUAAUAUUGUAUACUAGUUUAAGUAUUCCGAAAUAACGACGCACCAUAUCAUUCAAUCUGUUGCUCUUUUGCCAGUAACAAUAACAAAAACAAAAAAUUAUGAAAUUUUUUUCUUCUCCAAAAAAAAGAAGAAAACUUGUGAAAAUUUCCACGAUUUUCUAAUAUAUUUUUUUUUUUUUUGCAUUUUUGAUGUCGAAAAAAAAAAUUUUAAUCUUCUCGCAAUAUUCCCUCAGAAAAAAUUCUAAUCAAAUAGGAAAAAUUUUUUUUGGUUAAAUAUUUAGCUGAAAAAUUCGGCUAAAUGGCAAUUUGUAUUUAAACGUUUGCUAUUCGAAUUUUGCUAAUUUGAUUAAAAUGGAAAAUUUAGCCAAAUAAAAAUGUAAUUUUAUACAUUGAUUUGGCUUAAUGAGAAUGUGGUUUAAUUCAAAUUUAGUUCAAUAAAUUUAUGCGGGUUAAAAUUUAUUCCAAACAAAAAUUUCGGCCAAAUAUUACAAAAUUUGUCGAAAUGAAAAAUUUGUAAUUAAAAUUUUGCUAAAUAAAAAUUCGAUUCAAUAAAAUUAAAAUAAUUAAAAUUUAGCCAAAUGAAAAUUUGUAUAUAUAUAUAUAAAUUAACUCGGGAUUAAUUCAAAUGUGAUUAAAUAUAAAUUUAGCUAAAUAAAUUUUCGAUCAACUGAAAAAAAAUUAAGGGAAUAUAAAUUCAAAUUUAUAGAAUUAAUUUUGGCUAAAUGAAAAUUUGAUUUAAUUUAAAUUUAAUUUACUAAAUAAAUUUAAAUGAACGGAAAAUUUUGGUACAAUAUUUAGCCAAAAAAAAUGUCUAUAAAAAAAAUUUUGAUUAAAUUCAAAAUGUAACAAAAAUUCCAAAAAUUGGAAAAUAUUACUUAGGCUAAAUGAAAAUGUGAUUGAAUUCAAAUUAUGGUUAAAUAAUAAUUUUGAUCGACUAAAUAAUUUAGCGAAAUAACAUUUUUAAAUAGUAUUAAUUGUAGCUAAUAAUAAAAAUUUUUGUAUUUCAAUUAAAUUUAAGUAAAAUAAAAAUUAGAGUAAAUUUAUAAAAUCUAUCUUUUAAAAAAAUACGAUUAAUUUCUAAAAUUAAGUAAAAGAAAAAUUUUGCUUAAUAAAUUUUAGAUUUACAUCAUUUUGAUUAACUUAAAAAUUCGGAUUUUAGUGUUAAAAAAAAAUAAAUAAAUAAAUCCGAAUUUUGUACAUAUAAAUAUUUUUUUCAGGGGGAAUAUUUGUGUGUACCAAAAUUAAAUUUCAACAAUUUCUUUUUUUAAAGCAAUUUUCUAAAUGAAUCUCUUUUCUUAAAUAUUAAAUUUGACUUUCAAUUUACAGAUUUUUCUGGAAAAUUUUCACUUAUCUCGAAAAAGAAAAAAAAACAAAAAAAUUUCACUUUAAAAUCUCGCGCGUGGAAUAAAAAGACUCAAAAACAUAUAUUAAUUGAUUUUGAAAGAAAAACUUAACGGCGAUUACUUCAAAAAAAAAAACGAAAAAAAAGAAAAAAAAAAUUUUACAGUUACUUGAGAUUAGUGUUUUUGAUUUUUAAUUUUUUCUCUCUAUGAUGUAAUUCUGUAUUUCUCAAUGUUUUUAUAAAUAUAUAUACUCUU